AUGAAACAAAUUGGCAAUAGCCGGCGUCCAAGGCAGCGGUCCGCUCCCCGAUCUGCUUUCUUCACGUCAGAGUUUCCGCCAGACAUAUCAUCUCUUUCGCGGAGUGAGGUCAUUGCCAAGUACCAUGAGAUUCGGAAGAAUCUUGUUGCCAUCGACAACAGCCCACAGUUUCCGAACGAGGCCAGCAAAGAAGCUAUGCGUCAGGUGCUCAAGGCGCAGUUAGCCAUGAUCGGGAUAGAAAAGUACCAAAACGCAUCCAGAGCUGGUGAGAGUCUGGGCGGCGGCUUUGACUCUUCGCAAUGGGUGCUGAAGAAAUUACCGCAAUACGCCGACAGAUAUUUGGGAGAGUGCGAUUCGACUAUUUCGUUGCUAGAUGUUGGAGCAAUUGCGCAUCGGUUUCCGAGCGAACUGAUUGUACCACAGGGAAACAAUGCCGACAACAAAAGGGCAACCACAAUUUCACUAAAAGUGACAUCUAUUGAUUUGAACCCGGAAGACAGCGAGGCGGGUAAACAAGUCAUCAAAGCAGACUUUUUUGACUUUGCCAUGCAGAAGUUGAACCAUGACAUGGAGAAAUACCAUGUCAUAUGCCUUUCCCUCUGCGUUAACUUCGAAGGUUGCCCGAGGCGUCGCGGCUUGAUGCUUUCUCUGGCUUCUAGACUGUUGCGACCCCAUGGUCUUUUAUUUUUGGUGCUACCAGGGGCAUGCGUCAAGAACAGCAGGUACUUGGAUGACGAGCGUUUUCGCGUAAUUAUGGAGGCUACUGGCGUGAAACUCUUAUCUAUAACAUACACUUCAAAACUAAUGCAAAGCAUUUUGGAGAGACGAGAGGCAAAGCCUAAUAUCACUUUGGCACAAAUGCAGUUGCUUUCUACAAAAGAGAUACUAAGAACAGGGAAAGAGCGAAACAACUUUUCGAUCUGUCUAGACACAAGACUCCUUCAUGAUAAUGGGAGCAAUGCCCAGUUUUCAGUGAUUGACGCAGAUACGUCACAGGAUAUUCCUGUGCCAAGAAAGAUACCUCAACCUCGGAGAAAAAAGCGAAAGAAAAACACAAAAAGAAAGUCCCACAUCUCUGAGAUCCAAAAGAACUUGAAAAGCAAUGAAAGAAAGCGUGCGAGGAGAAAGGCCAUGCGCAGGUUUAGAAGCACUAAAGGUGAAUCUUAG